GCCAGGCAUAAACUUUAUCAAAACCGCACUGAAAUUAUAUAUAAAACACUGAAGUGGUUUUUAAGUACAUUUAGAAUUUAUGGAGAAAUGCAUUCGGAUUUAAGAUUUCAAUGCACCCAAUCCUUAAUCAAAGUUACAAAAUUCCAGCUUGCCUUUAAUAUCAAUCUUAGAACAGAAUUAUUCAUUAUAAGAAAUCAAUUGAAAGUCCAAUAUAAAGCUAUAAAAGCAAAAUGCGCUGUUGCAGAAAAGAAUUAUUUAGAAGCCAAUGAGUUAUUUUAUGCAGAUCCAGGAAAUGUAGAUAAAUAUGCACUUGCUCGAAGGUUGGAGUUCAAGCAUGCAAAGCUGGAUGAUUAUAAAUCCUAUGUUCAUAGGGAUUUAAUUAACUUUGAAUAUUUCCUAGUGAGGUAUAAUUAUAUUGUAAAUCCAGAUGAAAUUAACUGCAUUUAUGAUAAAUGCAUAUUUUAA